AUGGAAGAGAGUCUGUUCCGACAGCUCUACUCGCGCAACGAGCCUGGCCUCGCAAGGCUGCCGGGGUCGUACUUCCGCGAGAGGCUCGAGCUCAUGAAGGGCAGUCUGGAUGGUUCAGCCUACGUCGGGAGCAUGGUGCUGCCAGACGGGAGGGCGGUCGUCGUCAAGGGCUUCAAGAAGGACGGCGCUGCAUGCUGGGCUGACCUGUCGAUGGCCAAGGCCGAGAUUGACGCCCACGAGGAGCUGGGCCCACGCCUGCUGUACCCCUUCCAUGUGCCGCGCCUGCUGGCCGUCUGCGAGGACAACAAGACCGCUCACCUGGUGUUCGAGCACGGCGGCCGGCCGUUCAGGCAGGCAUGCCGGGAGCUCAGCCCGGCGGAGGUCCUGGAGGUGUGCCGCGCCGUCGUGAGGGACGUCGCGCCGCUGCUGGUCCUGCUGCAUGACGAGGGCUGGUGCUACAGCGACCUCAAGAGCGACCAGCUGCUGCUGCGCCGGCGCCCCGACGGCGGCUGGGUCGUGCCGCUCAUCGACUUUGGCGGGCUGCGGCGCACGCACAGCUCCAGCGCGGCCGCCUUCACGGCCAAGUGGGCGGCGCCCGAGGCCGGGCCCGCGGUGCUGCGCCAGCUGUAUGGUAUGGAGCAGGACUCGUGCGCGCUUGCCGCGGUCAUGGGCCCGGCCUAUGACACCUGGGCCCUUGGCGCCAUCCUGGCAGAGGCGCUGGCCGGCGCCCACCCCUGGGACGUGCCCGCGCCCCGUGACGGCGGCGACGGCGACAACGAUGAUGAGUACGAGGCGGCGGUGGUGCGCCGCAUCAUGGACGACCCCCUGGCCUACCGGCGCGCGCCCGCCGUGCACGGCGCGCCGGCCUGCCUGCGCGACUUCCUUGACGGCGCGCUGGAACCCGACCCGGCGGCGCGCGCCACGUGCCUGGAGCUCUGCUUCAGCGAAUUUGGGGAGGCCGCGGGCGCGCUCGACCCGCUCGACUGGGUCCCGCAAGUGCGCGAGGCGCUCCCGCUGAUGACGGCGUUGGCGGAGCGGCGGGGCGCGCGCGGGACCGAGGCGCUCGCGGCCGCGGCGGCCGCGCACGCCGCGGAGGUGGCGGCGCUGUCUGCGGGCGCGGCGGGGCGCGAGGCGGCGCUUCAGGGGCGCGUGGCCGUGCUGGAGGCCGCGGCGCGGGAGGCUGCUGCGUGGGAGCAGCUCAAGGACAAGGCGGCGACGGCCGCGGCGGCAACGCACGCGGCACUGGUGGACGAGAACGCAGUUUUGAAGGCGCAGGUGGCGGCGCUGCAGGCGCGGCUGGCCGAGCUCAAGGGCGCCGGCAGGGCGGCGGUUGCGGCGGCCGCGGCAACCUCGGGGACCAGCGGCAGCUGGGGCGGCAGCGUGCGCGGCGCCAGCCGCACUAGCAGCGUCUGCAGCGGCGACGAUGGCGGGCUCUGUGCAGAGCUCCUGGUAUUGCGGCCGGCAUCGCCGCGGCUCAGCCUGGAUGGCGGAUCUGAGGUUGAGGCGGAGCAGGAGCAGAAAGACAAGAAAGAGAGCUGCACCAUGGCGCCCGGCACUGUGGCCGAGGCGGUGACAAAGGCAGCCGCUGAGGGCUGCGGGGAGUUGCACACCGCCAGCCGCGCCAGCAGCCGAAGCGUCAGCCCCAGCACUUCGCAGUUUGCUGAGACGCCCGCAGAUACCGACACUGAGGCCGGCUGUGGCAGCUGCACCGGUACCAGCAUCGCCGCGCCUGUGGUAGGUGCCAUGAAGCCCUGUGUUAUCGCGCGCGUGGCCGCGGCCUGCAGCACCACUGACAGCGACAGGGCCAGCACGCGUGGCGACGCGUUCGCGUCGCUCGACGCCGCUUCUGGCUGCGAGGCGGACGCGGCGGCUGUGAUUGCUGUUGUCUCACUCAACAGCAGCAACGACGGGGCCAGCAGCAAGAAGCUUCAGCCCAAGAGUGGCGGCGCCAAGCACCCCUACGUCGGCCUUGGCCGCUGCGACGUGCGCACGCCCGUGGAGCGCGUGCAGGGCGCGGCCCACAAGCUGCGCAAGGAGGCCGGCAAGGCGGCGGCGCUCUUCAAAGGCCUGCUGUGCGUCCGCGCGCACGCAGGACGCUGA